AUGAAGGCUCUCAUUCUUGUCGGUGGUUUCGGUACCCGCCUGCGGCCUCUAACUCUCACUCUUCCCAAGCCGCUCGUGGAGUUUGGUAAUCGUCCUAUGAUUCUGCACCAGGUUGAGAGCUUAGCUGCUGCCGGUGUCACGGAUAUUGUCCUCGCUGUCAACUACCGCCCAGAUGUCAUGGUUUCUGCGCUCAAGAAGUACGAAGAGCAGUACAACGUAAAGAUCGAGUUCUCCGUUGAGACCGAACCCCUCGGCACCGCUGGUCCCCUUAAACUGGCAGAGAGUAUUCUCGCUAAAGACGACUCUCCAUUCUUCGUCCUGAACUCAGAUGUCAUCUGUGACUAUCCUUUCCAACAAUUGGCCGAGUUUCACAAGCGCCACGGCGAUGAAGGGACCAUCGUCGUCACAAAAGUGGAUGAGCCAUCAAAAUAUGGUGUCGUUGUGCACAAGCCCAACCACCCCUCUCGCAUUGACCGGUUCGUCGAGAAGCCCGUCGAGUUCGUCGGUAACCGCAUCAACGCCGGUAUGUAUAUCCUGAAUCCGAGCGUGCUGAAGCGCAUUGAGUUGCGCCCCACCUCCAUUGAGCAAGAGACCUUCCCCGCCAUCGUGCGGGACGGCCAGCUUCACUCAUUUGACCUCGAGGGAUUCUGGAUGGAUGUUGGUCAGCCCAAGGAUUUCCUUACCGGAACCUGUCUUUACCUCACUUCCCUCACAAAGCGCAACUCGAAGCUACUCGCCCCAAACUCGGAGCCUUAUGUAUAUGGUGGAAACGUCAUGGUCGACCCUACUGCGAAGAUUGGAAAGAACUGCCGCAUCGGCCCUAAUGUUGUCAUCGGACCGAACGUCGUGAUAGGUGACGGUGUCCGUCUGCAGCGGUGCGUACUCAUGGAGAACAGCAAGGUCAAGGACCAUGCCUGGAUCAAAUCAACCAUCGUGGGAUGGAACAGCUCCGUCGGCCGGUGGGCCCGUCUGGAAAAUGUGACGGUUCUUGGUGACGAUGUGACGAUUGCCGACGAAGUCUACGUCAACGGCGGCUCGAUCCUGCCACACAAGAGCAUCAAGCAGAACAUUGAUGUUCCUGCAAUCAUCAUGUAA